GUUUUACACUAUCAGGUUUAACUUCUGAAAAUAAUAAAUAAAACAAAUGCUGAUAAAUAUUUUGGUUACUUCUAUAAAUGCAGCUUAAUAGCAGAUAUUUUGUGAAAGCUUUCCCAACUAUUCAUCGCAUCCCAAGCCAAGGUUACAUUCUUUACAGGGAAGAGAAAAAGCUGAAACAAGAGUACAAAGGGAUGCAAGGAUUUGAAGUGGCAGCUUUACAUAGAGAAGGGAAAGUUAUCCAUGAUAUUGUCAUAACACCAGAAAUUGCAUACUGUGGAGAUACAACAUUUGACAUCUUUACCAACCCUCCAACACCAGACCUUCUCAAUGUUAAAAUACUCAUUACUGAAACAACUUUUCUGGACGAAGAGAGGGGUAAAAAUAUGGUACAGAAGGCUAGAGACAGAGGUCACACUCAUCUUUCUGAAUUAUGCCAACAUGCUGACCUCUUUAAAGAUGUCGGCCAUAUUGUUUUAGUUCAUUUCUCCAACAAGUAUCCAGCCAAAUAUAUUAGGGACUGCAUUUACCAUAAACUACCUCCAGAAUUAAGAAUCAAAGUGACACCAGCUACAGUAGCCAAAACUACUGUUGCUUCCAGUUUAUAUUAA